AUGGCUGCCGCGGCAAUUCCGAUUUCCUUUACUGAAUCCAAAGCUGCCUUCAUAAAGAGGGCGCUGGAAGUAGGGCUUGUGCAAGCCGAAGUCGACCACUUGGUAGCCGCUCACGUGGACACUUUGUCCAAGCUUGCGUUCAUUCUUGUUCCUCCAGGAAAGGUUCCAGAGGACGCUGCUGUAACUGGCCUCCUGCCACGCACCUCGAAUGCCGGAUCCGUGGCUGGCCUCAAGCGCCUCAUCUUUGAGGCUCAUACCCUCAUAGUUUCUGAGCUCAAGCAAAGGGUCGAGAAGUCCGAGGAGAGUGCCCCGGUUUCCCUGAAUGGAGCUGAGCGAGAGACUCGGCUGGAGGCUCAGAAGCUCAGGUUGGGAGGCCUCAGUUUUCAGGGCGAAGAGGAAGUCGCCCGCGAUGCCUAUAAUCUUGUCUACGCCAUGAUUCAAAAGGACGAUCUGGUGUGGCUGUCGCCCGAGAAAUUUGGUACUCGACGGGCCGAGAUUAGCGCCAAGAAGCAAGGGCGUGAGUUGAUCAUCGACGGGACCGGCAUCGCCAUCAAGGAAAAGCCGACUACCAUCGCGUGCUCCUUAGCAACAGAACUAGAUGUCGUGAUGGCGCUUCGCAGACGCGCCUUAGCAUUCGAUUUGAUCGGGGUCGCGUCCUUUAAUGUAAUCAACAAGUUCCACCAGGCCCUCGCGCAAAGGCUGCAGGAGCCCCCGCCACCGGGCCUCAUUCGCGCGAAUGCCCUCUACAGCCUAGUCCUUGACAUCUGCAAGUUUUGCAUCAAAAAUCAUAAGUAUUUCUCUUGUGAACACCCGUCCAGAAGCUACCUUUGGCUGCUGCCGGAGUGGAAAGAAUUCAUGAACCGGGCAGAUGUCCGCCAAACCUUUUUCCAUCACUGUGAGUACGGGGGCGACCGACGAAAGGGCACUCGCCUGCUCCACAAUAUUCCUAAAUUCGACAAUCUCCACCGCGUCUGUUCUGGAAAUCAUGUCCAUGCAGGCUGGGGGAGAAUAAAGAACAAGUGGGCCACCUCCUUUGAGACUGCCUACCCGUGGGGCCUCUGCAAAGUCAUGGCUAGCCUGUUGAAGGAACAUUUCCUCUGCCUCGGUUGCCGCCCGGCUCCCACGCAGUUAUCGGCAAACGGCCUAGAAGGUGUAGGGCUGGACCCAGCAAAGCAGGAGGUCAAGAAAGCAAUGCAGUCAGGAGACCCAGAGGCAGUGGCCAUUCUUGUCAAUCAGCAGGCCAAAGUUGCAGCCAAGGACCUGUCUCUUCUCCUGGACCUGUUGCCUUCGGAGAACCUCAGAUGGUCCAGCACGUCAACAGCCAAAUCCUUCCAAGCUGGAAGUUUCGUUCACGGUGGAGUGAGGGGCAUCAGGUCCACCACUCGCAAGUUCCCGGAGUCCACCAAAGCCAUAUGCACUUACGUUCGGCAACUCUUUCCUGCCCUUACCUUCGGGACUGUUGGGCUGUUCCGGGAUGUAUGCGCGAUUCCCCACCGGGACUCCAACAACGAAGCUUUCACUGACAAUGCCAUAGCAGCUUUGUCUUCCUUCGAAGAGGGGGAUUGUGGAUGGAAGAUCCAGACGGGACCAGAGCUCUUGAGCCCGGCAGACCAAUGCUCCCUGAGGCAGGCAGGCUUAGCCAAGGAAGACACAGUGACAGGAUCGUCUUCCAAGAAGGAGAUGGCCAAGGUGGCUGUGCAGGCCAUCCACAGACGAGGUGAGGGCUCAGUUGCCAAAGAUAGGCCAGCUGUUCUGAGGAUGUGGCUGCAGUGGGUGAGCGAGUUAGCUCCUGCCGAGGAGGAACUCAAAGCAGGUCUGCCCAGGUUUCGACGCGAAGUCCUCAAAUCCAAGAGGCUGCUAGUCUUUCGCCGCAUGUUGGAGGCCAUCCAACACGAGGACAUUUCCUUGGUGGAUGACAUGUCAACUGGGUUCAGCUUGACAGGCGUCCUCCCGAGGCGAGGCGCCAAGAGGUUGAGGGAUGGGCUGAUGGCCACCGUGAAGCCGGCGGCGGACCCGGCUGUGGAUAAAGGAGUCUUGGAAGCCACACGCAAGGAACUCGAGCGUGGAUUCGUGCUGGGUCCUGUGCCACCCGGUGAUGUUCCUGUGGGCGCUUCCUUGACACAUAGGUUCGGGGUGAUCCAGGGCCAGACCGAAGGAGGUCCUAAGGUUCGUCCGAUUGACGAUUACUUGGCCUCACAGGUGAACGCAACUAUCACACAGGUAGAGUCGGUCCCUGUCCAUUCAGUGGAUGUCGUUGCCGGAAUGCUUGGGGCGUGGCUGCACGAAUGGUUCUGUGCGGGGCGUAAGGACGAAGGCGCCCCCAAGUGCAAAGCAUGGGAUCUACGUGCCGCUUACAAGCAGCUCCCUCUUUCAGAUUCAUCGUUUGAGAUGGACAGCCACUUUGUCAUAUACCAUGCCGAAAAAGGUUCCAGCGAGAUUUACAAACAGAAGGUGUUGCCGUUCGGAUCCAAGGCCAGUGUCUCGGGAUUCAUCAGAUGUGCUUUCGCAUUGUGGCGAGUAGGGGUUAGGUCUCUUCAAUUAGCUUGGACGGACUAUUUUGAUGAUUACUUGAGCACUAGUGGAGCUGUGUGCACUCGGCACACCGAAUUUGUCAUUUCCAUGUUCUUCAAGAUCUUGGGCUGGGAGUUGUCAGUGGACAAAAACUUGGAUUAUGAUUCGAUGUGCGUCAUCCUGGGAGUCCAGCUUAAUUUGAAGGAUGCUAUGUUGGGAAUCGCUGUCAUCGGCAACACAGAGAAGAGAAAGGCCGAGGCAUUGAAAGACAUAGAUUCAGCUUUGGAAGCCAAUGCCUUAGAUCCCAGGCUUAGCGAGAAGCUGAGGGGAAGGCUGCAGUUUGCAAGCUGCCAGGUGUUUGGCAGGCGCCCCAAAGCAGCCCUGAAGCUGCUGGCUGCUCAUGGGCGGCAGCGCAAGUGGGAAAUGAGUGAUAGCACGCGGCAUGCAUUACUUCAACUACGUCGGUUCCUGCUGCAUGGCAAGCCUCGACCGAUCCGGGCGCGUAAAGAUUCCUUCGUGCACGUUUAUGUAGAUGCCUCUUUCGAGCCGGGCAGCCACAGUGGGUUAGGUGGCGUGGUCUACGGGCCAGGUGGUGGCGUACUGGCUUGGUUUGGCUACAAAGUUCAGGAGCGCCACCUGACCAAGCUCCUGCGUGGCAGAGAUAGAGUGAGAGAAACAGUUAUCUUCGAGCUGGAAGCGCUGGCUCUGGCAAUCUGUCUCAGCAUUUUCCACACCUUCGUGGAGCGGCGGGGUGCUGUAGUCUUUACCGAUAAUGAUGGGGUUCUAGGUAGCUUCAUCCGCGGGCACAGCGACAACGAGGUUUGUGCCGAGCUCAUCGAGUACUUUGGCCAAUGCGAAGAGGAUCUCGAGAAUGUGUGCUGGCUGGACCGGGUCCCAUCAGGGUCCAACCCGGCAGAUAAGCCUUCUAGAGGUGAGGAGGUCUCAGGGGUGCCGAGGAUGGAAGUAGAUCCUGGCUUGCUGAGGACAGUUCUGCCUGGUGUCUUUGGGUGA